UUCCCCAAUGACGAAAAUUAUGCUGGCUGGUUUCGUCAAGGGGAAUUCUCCGGUCAUGGCACUUAUCACUCACAAUCGCAAGCUGUAGCUGUUGCCAUUGGCCUACAAGCACCAAUGUCCUCCGAAGAUGAGCUAAGCGGCAUUGUUGAACAAGUUUACAUUGGCAACUGGGUUGGCAAUGAGCGCCAAGGCUAUGGCGUGGCUGAAGUGGUGCGUUCAGAAUUUAGUAUUCCCACAAAUAUCGAUUAA